AUGCUUGUUGCAGAAGAAAAUAAUCAGCUUUUGUUGAAUAACCAUCACACCCGACCCACUGGUUCCAAGCCACUUCCUGAAAUUUCAGCGGCAUUGCCUGAAGCAAAUGCUACUUCUUCACGAAAGGGGCGUGGUCGUUACCAUGGCUCACCACGGGGCCAUUCUUAUGGUCGUGGUCAUGGCGGUCGCGGCCGUGGUCGUGGUCGCGGUAAUGAUCGUGGUAAUACAUGGAUUAAUCCUAUUAUUCAGAAGCACAAUGGGAACAAGGCAAAGAAUCAACAAGAGAAAACUACAAAUGAAAAUCUUUGCUAUAGAUGUGGGAUUUCUGGGCAUUGGUCCCGUACCUGUCGUACGGCACAACAUCUGGUCAAAUUAUACCAGGCUUCUGUAAAAGCGAAGGGUAAAGAAGUUGAGACUAAUUUUGUUGAGGCUGGAAUCGCAGACAAUACCCACAUGGACGCUUCAGAUUUUUUCCAGUCUAUUGAAAAUGAAGAUAAAAAUCUCCCUGAGCUGCCCCUACAGUUUGGUGACAUUAUUGAGGAUUUUGACAUGCUUGUUGAUUAG